AUGGCGAGAAAGAAAGCUUCCCAGCAGCAGCAACAGAAAGAGCAAGAGAAGCCUCCCAAAGAGGUCUCCCAGUUUGAGAAGCCUCACGAGACUUCCAUGGAGGAUUCAUCAGAGAAGGUUGCCAGCUUGAAAACUCUCAAUGCUCUUCUUCUCAAAGAGACAGUAGAGCGCAGACAACAAGUCGACGUUCUUGUCCAAUCCAAAGAGGCCCUCGAAUCGGAAAUCUCUCGCUCUUUGCUCGAGAAACAGAGAUUGGAGUCGGAAAAGAAGUUCUUAGAAGACGAAACCAUUGUCGCCGAACUCGAGCAGAGACUGACCUUAGCUUUCGUCUCUUCCCAACUCAAUCAACAAGCUGAGAGCUUGAGGGACGAAAUAAGGAGAGCAGAUGAAGAUAUGAGAUCUCAGACUGCUAUUUUCAAAGCUAAACUUGAGGAGAAAAUCAAUGACAAGGAGAAAGCACGGAAGGCGACGGAGACGAAGGUGGAAGAGCAGCAGAAUGAGAUCGAUCAGAUCAGCGAAGACUUCCGUAGGUACAGGAAUGAAGUUCGAAAGGAUCUGGAUUUGAAACAGAAGGAGGCUGACCGGUUGAGGUCGACGGUGGUAGAGCUGGAGAAGAAUAAUGCUGAGGCUCGGGAAGUGAUUGGACGUUCGCAGAUGGAACGCUAUGAAAUUCGACAAGAGAUGAAGAGGAAGUAUCAAGACUUGAAGAAAGAGAUGGAAAUUGCAGUUAGGGAGAGGGAGGAGAUUGAGUCGGAAAGGAACGAACAAGUUCGUGAGAUUGGUUACUUGAAGAAAUCAGUAGAUGCACUAACUGCCGACCUCAGCAGUGAGAGAGAGGUGUCUAAUCGUGUUCUUCGUGAGAAGGAAUUGAUUCAGCAGGACCUCGACACCCGCAUGGAGGAGAUAAAAGGUCUGACGUCAACUCUUCUGGAGCUGGAGAAGAAUAUAUCCGAGACUCAUGAUGAGCUCCUUCAACUACAGAUAGAGCACAAACUACUUUCUGAAUACAAAGAGAAGAUGGAGAGAAGCCUUGCAGCGCUGGAAAGAGACAAGGCCUCGGCAGAGAGAAGCCUGACGCAGUCAUCACAAGAGAUAGAAGGUCUGAAGAAAGAAAUCACAGAACUUAUGGCAGACAAGAAGCAGAUACAGAAUGAGAAGACUCAGCAGGCAGUAAAGAUUACUGAAAUGAAAAAACAAGUGGCCCAGCUCAGCUCCACCAUUUCCAGUCUACAAAAGCAGGAAGAAAGUUUGCAGCUGAGGAUUUCUGAGCUGGGAACAAGCAACGCAGAUGCUCGAGAGAAGCAAGAGCAGUUGUUGAUGGAGUUCAAUACUUUGGUUGAAGAGAAAAAGGAGAGGGAAAGACUGUUUGAUGAGUUAAUGGAGGAGAAAAUUUCAGCCAUGCUGAGUCUUUCAGAGUCCUCACGGAAACUAGAGGAGCAAGGGAGAAAGAUGCAGGAAAUAGUCGUUGAGAAGGCAGAGAUAGAGCAGGUGAAGCUUAAGCUGGAAGCUGAAAUCUUCAAGUUGCAUGAAGAGAUGGGCAAGUUAAGGGCUACUGUAUCCUCACUGCAAGAAUCAUGUCUAGAACAUGAAGAGAACAAUAUCCAACUCCGAUCGGAAGUCAUCCAAAACAGAGAUGCUCUUGAUGGUGUUGCUCUUGAGAGGGAUGACGCUCUGAAGCUACUUGAUAAGGAGAAAAAGGAGUUGUCUAGCUUGAGAUUGAAAAUUCUGGAACUGGGAAAGAAUGUAGAGAAGACCAAAGAAGAACUUGCUCAGCUAAGUACAGAACGUGAUGGCCUAGUUGAAAAGAAGAAAGAAAGGGAUAGCAGCCUUCAAUUGCUGAGUGAGGAGAAGGCUUCAUUGCAAGAGGCCCUAUCAGAAGCUCAACAAGGUCUUGAGGAUCUGCAGGUUAAGAUGGCAUACACAAGCAAAUUGUCUGAGCAAACUUUAUCCAUGUUGAAAGACACUGUAGCCAUUGUGCGUGGACCUGUACAGGAGGAGGAGAAGGAUGGAAAGGGAGAAGCAAGAACUGAUGCAGAGAACAAUGAAGUAGAGAUUCAACCAUUUGCAACAGAGUUGGAAGUAAUCAAAAAAGCCUUCAGAAACAGAGAAGCAAAGGUGGAGUACUUGUCCCAACAAAUCAAGUCCCUUGAGAACUCUGUAAUGGAGGCAAAGAAGAGGAAUGGCUUCUGGACGUUGCUGUCCUCCGCAACAACAAUUUUUGCUGCUGCAUCUGUGGCCUAUGUUGCCAGGGGACGCUGA